GUAAAUACAAACAAAUACAUAGAACAAAUAUAAAUGUUUAAUUAGCCGGCAAAAACUUAUCAAUUUGACUUCAUUUUCAAUAAAAAAACCACUUCAAUGUCAAUAUUUUGGCCACUUUCUUUCCAACUCGAUGGGAUGGCUAAAGCUUAUGACCUUGACAUUCCAAUAACAAAACUUUGGGGUUAAUACCAUUAAAAAGCAUUAUUUAGGGAUUAACAUGCAAAGUUUUCAGAUAUUAUGUCACGUGUCACGUAAAACUCCACGACAACGAAAUGUUAUCACUUCUUCUUCUGUCGUUCUCAGAAACACAGAGUGUCAAAACCUGGUCACCGGAAAAAAAAUAAACUCUGUUUUCAGACCGAAUUUUCUCACCGGAAAAUGUUACGUCAGCUUCCACCAACUAUUACGGCGGACGCCACGCCGGAUUGGCUUCCCGUCGGUUGGAUUGCUCACUCUACAGUUCUAAAACGCGGUCGUCAAACUAGGACAUACACGCAAUUGAGAACAGGGAAAAAGUUAUCUACAAAGGAUCAAGUUCUUGAGUACAUUAAAAUGGAGAAAAUACGAGAAAAACGAGAAGCAGGAAUCAAGAGGAAUAAAGCAAGUUUAAAAGCCUUACAAGAUAAAGAGACCGCAAGUGAAAGGCCGUCGUGGCUUCCGGAUGAAAGGAAAGCAGAGUUGGAGAUUGGUUAUGUUGGUGGAAACCCUUACAAGAUGAAUGUGAACACAUCAAAUGAUUUUAACACCAAUCCAAAGGAGACAGUGGUAUUAGAUGAGAACUCUAUGGAAUCUGAAGAUUCAUCGGGUGAAGUAUACGAAACCGGGUGUAAUGAAAUUACUUAUGCAAUUGAGGAGGAUGAAGAAGAUUUUUCAGAGAGGGAAUAUGUCGAAAAUGUGGAGAAUUUCUCUAACAUAACCUCUACUCCUCUACGGUCACAGCCAGAAAGAAUGCAGAAAUUGGAGUCUCGAGCAAAAACACAAUGUGUGUUUGAAGAUGAGGAUCUGAGUAGUGACAGUGACAACAAACUUCCAGAAGCUGAGACUUCAAAAGAAGGAAAUGGUUUGGGAGAGGGUCAUGUUGUAUCUAACCUAGUCGAGUCUUUUGAAAAGAAAACCUCGCAUGGUGUUAUGGUUGAGUGUGAUGAUAAGGCGAGGGAGAUCCCCGGUUUGACUGGAUCAUUAACUGUUGAAAUCAACCUGGACUGUGAACCUGCAAGUGAUAGUUUGGUAGAGAAGAAUUGGAAUAAAAGUGAGAGCGAUGAAACAGGAACAAGAAACAUUGAGAUCAUUGACCUAGAGAGUGACGUGAUUCACAUAAGUGGCUCAUCAAAAGCUGUUGAAGUGACUCAGGAAUCAGGCGAUACAAGUAAAGAGCCUCUGAAAGCUCAGGAAGAACCUGAUAACGACUGGAGAAGUUCGGUCUUCUUUCCAGACAGAGAAGCCCCUUCACAUUCUGUACUUGUCUUUGAAAGUUCUAAUGCUAGACCAUCUGUAGAAGAUCUUAGCAACACCAUUGAGCUUGGUUUAACCCCGCAAGAGAAGAACAUCAGUAGCUCUAAAAAGCGGAAGAAGAAUACGGAAAGAUGUGCAUCUAAGAACAUCAAGAAGAAAGGCAUUGAAGCACCAUCCAGAAAACUUCAGAGAGGCAAAACACCAUCAAGCAAAUCGCAUGGCAAGAAGGGAAGUUCGAGUGUAGGCAUGGACAAAAAACCUGAUGAUUGGCUUAAACCGUGCCCAAACUUCCCAUUUGAGCCACUCACAAGAUCAUUUCAAGUAGAGGAUGACUCGGCAAUCCGCAUGUACUUAGAGCAACACUUUGCAGCUCCUGGGAGUGCUGAUAGUAAUCUACCUUUACCCGAUUUCGGAUUGCCUACCUUCUCCGACAUCAAAAUCUCACUUAAUGAAGAACCUGCAUUCAAGAAAAAGAAGUCUCCUGAUCCUCCAUGUGUACAAGUUGCAAGUUCAAACAUACCUAGUUGCAGUUCCAUGGGUACUAGUAUGCUACCAACAGUUGCAGGACACUAAAGAGACACUGAGACUCGACAAGUUUAAGAUGAAAUUGGGAUUUGUUGGGAUUUAAGUUCUAGAAAAUUCAAAUUCCGUCUGCUUAAUGUUUCGAAUCUUAUCUAUGUGUUUUUUCCUAGCUUUGUUUAAUAUUUAUGCAAGUUGCUGCGGUUGAGGCAGAUAAAUCCAUUUGUUUGACCGCUUUUGAUUUACCAUUCACAAAUUAUGUCUAUACUGGUGCGGACGCAAAAAAAAUAUUAGAAGUGAUGAUUGAAGGAGGGAGGCUACUCAACUGGAUUCGGAGAAAGGCAGGUUGAUUCAUGGAGUUCUUAGUUGGAGUCAUCGGAUGUCGAGCUUCUUCGACCAGGUGGUGUGUGGGUCUCUUGUUGCAAUCUUUAUCUUUCUUGCUGGUCUUUGGGCUUAUUUUAAACUUUAGAUUUUGGGCUUCAUAUCCAAUUGUACUUCAUGGGCCAAGUUUUUGGGUAUCAAUGAAAAUAU